UCACUUCCGGCUUGCGCAAGGGCGGCUCCUCUGCGCCUGUGGCUGGGUCUCGGAAGGCCAACUGGAGGUGACUUGAGUUCAGCUGGUUCGCUCCCGGCAGACGAGUGAAGAGUGAGGCUGGCGCGUACGUCUGCUCUAGGCGAGAGAACCUUGAGGCGAGGGGAUGGGAAGGAGCCUGCUGCUGGGAAGUGGCGUGGGUGAGGGUGUCUGCCUGGGGCGCUUCCUUAGAACCAGGCGUCUCUGAUGCUGCGGUCAGAUCCUCAUUUCCGGCUUGACGCUUGCGGACGCUCCGUGGUCUAAGAGGAUUCCUGGCUUCUGGGCUCGGAAUAGACCCGCCGGCACCUAUCGAUGACCUACGACUGAUGCUUCCUCCUGCCUCCUUUUGGCCCCAAAGUACCCAAACAGCUUGUUCUUAGGUUCCACUUGCAUUUUAAUCUUGGCAUUGCUAUUGCUUAGCCGUGUUGACACAUGGACACAACUUUAUCUUUAACGGGGCAAUAGAAUUCCUCACUAUUGAUUUCAUAGCAUCACUGUGAGGAUCAAAUGAGGUGAUGCGUAGAAAGAUGUUAACAACUAUAAAAUGAUUUAUAAAUAUAAAUUAUUGUUAUUAUAUGUAUUUUUCUUAAGUCCCUGGCCAUCUGGUUGUUUUCAUUAAAUCUUACUGGUGACAUAAACAAAUCAAUGAAUCGGAUCCUUUCAUUUGAUUAUAUAUAUAACCUUAAGGGUCUGAAAACUAUCUUGCCUGACCCUUAGAUUUUCAAAAUGAGAAUGCUCAUUUUCUUCUUCUAGAAUUAAAUGGAUCGAUUUUUCUAGUACGAGUCUUAUUUUAGUGCUGUGUAGUACUUCCAAAGCCUUUCUCAUUUUUUGAAAGUGAUUUCUUUUGGCUCAGCAGUGUCUAGGAAAAAGAGAAGACCCAAGGACAAAUUUCUCCAAACUAGGUCUCAAUUGGAAGAUGAGCAGAUUUUGGGGAAAAACUAUAACUGUACAGUCAGGAGAAGCUAUAUCCCUUGGCUCCCAGAUUCCACAUAAGGAGCAUGAGCUUGUCAUAGUGAAUUUGGAGAAAAAGGGUUGUAGAAGGGAACAGAAAACAAGCAUUCAAGGGAGCAGCCCUCCAAAGCAGAACAUCUUCCAAAACUUUAGGCAGUUCCGUUACUGUGAAGUGUCUGGUCCAAGGGAGGCUCUGACUCGCCUACAGGAUCUCUGUUGGGAAUGGCUGAAACCAGAGAUUCACACAAAGGCACAGAUCCUGGAGCUGGUGGUGUUGGAACAAUUCUUGACCAUUCUCCCUGAGACGCUCCAAACCUGGGUUCAGAAGCAUUGUCCAGAAAGCCCACAGGAAGUGGUGACCCUGUUGGAGGAUUUGGAAAGAGAGCUAGAUGAAUCAUAUCAGGUUCCUACCAAUGCACCAAAACAACCAGUGUCUUUGAAAGAAAUAGCAACCCUGGGAGCAAUGCAGGAAUUUGAUGGUCAUCUCCAGCCCAUGGAAACCCAGCUUAAGAGUGUGUCCUGCCCCCUACAGGAAAGUGCCACUCAUAUUUCUGCCCUUCCUCAAGAGAAGCAGCACCCUGUAGUGUUAGCAGUAAAACUCCUGACAGCUGAGCCCCAGGAGUUGUUGACGUUUGAAGAUGUGGCCCUGUCUUUGACCCUGGAGGAGUGGGUACAAUUGGAUGUGCAUCAGAAAGACCUCUACAGGAAUGUAAUGCUGGAAAAUUAUGAGAAUAUUGUCUCAUUGGGAUUGUCAUUUUCAAAACCUGCUGUGAUUUCCCAGUUGGAACGAGGGAAAGAGCUAUGGCUUUUGGAUAUUGAGGGAACUAAGAAUAGAGAGGCCUGGAAAAGUAACAGCCCAGGUGGUGAGAACAGGACUGCAAUCUACAAACCAGCUUCCAAGCAGGAAAGUUCUGAAGAAUUUAAACCAGAGAGAUUGAGAAAACUACAGAAGGAAGCUUCCCAAGUUCAUACAUUUGGAGAAGUCUUUGAACAUCAAGGCAAGUUAAAACGUAUACAGGGCAGACCCAUAGGGGAGAAACUGAAGGGAGAGAAGAAGGCUUUCAGAAAGGUGACUAUCAUGGAUAAAAAUAGUCUCACAGAAGAGAGAUGCCAGUAUUAUAAGGAAUAUCAGAAGGGCUUCUGUCUAAAAGGUCCUAUAGGAGACAAAACUUAUAAAGGAGAUGAACAUGGAAGCAACUUCAGUCAGAGUGUAGAUCUUACUAAACCUAAGGCAAUUCACUCAGGAGAGCAUCCUCACAACUGGAAUGAGUGUGAGAAAAGUUUCAUUCUUUCAUUUGUUGAGCACCAACUUAUCCCCACUAGAGAAAAGCCCCAUCAGCAAAGCAUUUCAGUCUCCCAUGAAAGCAGUUGCCAGAGGAUUCAUACAAGUGAGGGAGGACCUGAUGAAUAUAAUGAAUGUGGAACAAGGCUUAGUUCCAGUUUUAGGCCUUGA